AUGACAUCCUGCAUUGCCACUUCUGAGAUCGUAGAAGGUGUCAAUGCUGCAUGGCUCAUGACCAUGCAUCUGUCUCAUGCUGGGCUUGCCUCUCCUGACCUCAGAUCUGGUACUGCCAGGUCCCUGUACCUCCAUUUUGUGGUGCCAGUACCUCCAUCUGGUUUGAGCCCUCAGUACCUCCAACUUGUGCCAGUACCUCCACCUUGUGGUGCCUACUCUCAGUACCUCCAUCUUGUGGUGCCAAUACCUCCAACUUGUGGUGCCAAUACCUCCAUCUUGUGGUGCCUACUCUCAGUACCUCCAACUUGUAGUUCCUGUACCUUCGUCUUGUGGUGCCAGCUCUCAGUACCUUCAUCUUGUGGUGCCAGCUCUCAGUACCUCCAUCUUGUGGUGCCAGCUCUCAGUACCUUCAUCUUGUGGUGCCAGCUCUCAGUACCUUUAUCUUGUGGUGCCAGCUCUCAGUACCUCCAUCUUGUGGUGCCAGCUCUCUGUGGUGCCAGCUCUCUGUGGUGCCAGCUCUCAGUACCUCCAACUUGCGGUGCCGGCUCUCUUGACCUAGGUUCUUUUGGUGCCAAUACCCCCAUCUCGUGAUGCCGGCCAUCGGUUCCUCCAUCUUUUGGUACCAGUACCUCCAUCUUUUGGUGCCAGUACCUCCAACUUGUGGCACCAGCUCUCUUCACAAAGUUCCCUCAAGAUGACAGGCCACUGCACUACGCUGUUUUGCUUACAUGGGUGGAUGUACCUCUCUUUCCAAGUGAUGAUAAUAUAUGUAAGCUGCAAACCACGUAGCCUACCUGCCUUCUUUAUUCCAAUGUGGCCAUGUGGUUUUCAAGUCUCUUUGAUGUAUGGAGUGUAUGUGUGUCUAAAUGUGUUUGUUGAUUAUGACGAUUAUGUUUUUUUAUGUUUCAAUAUUAUUUUAAGUUUUCACCUUUUGAUAGACAUUUUAAGGCUACCGCUGAAUUGUCAAAUGUUUUUACUUUGACUUAUUGUGCUGCGUAAUUUGUAUUUUCUUUUACUCUUCAGUUCUUGUCGUUUAAAUGUUUGGCAUUGUAGUUUAUAACAAACUAGUUUUGUACAAAAAUAUUUCAAAGCUAAAAAAAUACAAUUUUUCCAUUCUUCA